UCGACUUUCUUCAAUAUUCGAUAUUUAAACAGUUUAGUUAAUUAAGAUCGUACGGUGUGCCUUUAAACAACUUUGCCUUCGACAAUUAAAUUCGAAUUUUAUAGUGUAGACACUUUAAUAUAUUGUCCCGCUUCAGGGAUUAUUUAACUACUUAAAUUCUUUUUAAAAUAGUUAAGAUGACGUCCGAUAGUACAACAACAAUUAAUUCCUCGUCGAAAAAAGUUGGUUUAAAUGGAACACCCGUUCAAACUUCACCACUUACAUCAAAAAAGCCUGCAGUCGAUCCUGUCAUUAAACGCGAAUAUGAUUGGGUUUUAGUAUUACUAGUUAUUCAUUUGAAUUUAUUGUCAAUAUAUGCUAUUUAUUUAGUAUUUACAAAAGCAAUGUAUACGACAAUAUUCUUUACAUUGUUGCUUGUAUUGGUAUCAACAUUAGGAGUAACGGCUGGUGCACAUCGAUUAUGGGCACAUAGAUCAUACAAAGCAAAUAAACGACUUCGAAUACUUUUAAUGAUUGCGUAUACAUUAGUUGGACAGGGUACAAUUUACAACUGGGUUUUAAAGCAUCGAAUUCAUCAUAAAUAUUUAGGAACAAACAAAGAUCCGUACAACAUAAGUAAAGGAUUAUUAUAUUCACAUUUUUUGAGUAAUGUAGAAAAAGCAUCACCUCAAGAUGAAGAAAUUGCCAAAGAAAUCGAUAUGUCUGAUAUUGAACAAGAUGGUGUUGUAAUGUUCCAAAAAAAAUAUUUCUGGGUUUUAUUUGUAUUUGUCGCAUGUAUAUUACCAGUAAAUGCACCAAUGGAAUAUUGGGGUGAUUCAACAAUAAAUAGUGUUUUCAUAGCUGGAAUUUUAUUCCAUUGUAUUGCAUAUCAUAUGGCAUGGUUAGUGAAUAGUGCAAUUUUAGUUUGGGGACUUCAACCAAAUGACAAAUAUCCUUCAGACACAAACCUAGUAUUUUUAAUAACGAAAAGUUACUGGCCACAAUAUCAUCAUUUAACGCCAUGGGAUUAUCAAUGCGAUGAGUUUGGUUGUUAUGGAUCAAGUUGUACAACAACAUUUAUACGUAUAUGGGCUGCAAUGGGUUGGGCCACUGGAUUACGUACAAUUGAUAGUGCUGCUGUAAAAGAGGCCGUUGCAAAUUCAUUAGAUACGGGAUUACCAAUUGAAGUUUGUUUAGAAAAUGCUGCAACUGGUGCAGCUGAUAAGUUAGAAAAUCAUUAUUUGUACUCAAAUAAAUAAUAGUUUUUGA